AUGAAAACACUCCUCGUCUCUGCAUCCCGUGUAUGCCGUUACUGGGCCACGACUAUAGCAGGCUCGCCGAGGAUUCAGCAAGCGCUGUUCUUCCAACCUCUGUCUUCACCUGAGACAGGACGACCCGACUCAUUUACACUCAAUCCAUUGCUAGUUGAGAAGUUUGGGAGGUGCUUCUUUGAUAUCGACCGCAAGCAUACAUACCUUCGAAGAGCAGACUCGCUUCUUCGACUACGCUGGGCUCCCGAGGGUGCGAUUGCGAAGCAGGGUACAGCGGGAAGUUUGACAUUGGCAAAGUCGAAUCGUCUUGAGAGCUUGACCAGAAGCAAUUCCAGCUGGCGACGGAUGCUUGUAUCUCAACCGCCGCCACCAUCUUUAGGAUACUUGCGGCUCGACGUCGUUGACAUAUGGUUCCAUGAAGUCUACACUGCGCAAAUUGGCCCGAAACCUCCUCUAAAGGGCCUCACCAUGGGCCAGUUGUAUGACAUGGUGCACAGCACGAUUUGUGACCGGGAAAACUACACCAUAUGGUACCGAGUAAGCUGGGACAAAGCACGUGAAUUGCAUCAGAUGGAAGUAUGCAAGGAGAAAGUCUCGCAGCUUUUGGAGGAAACGAACGUGGUAGUUGAGUUUUAUAGACAGGGCGAGGGCGAUGACGACUAUGAUUGCGGGCCAUGGGACAUUGUCAGUGUGAGGGAGGCAUUUAGAAGUGAGGGCUGUGGUGAUAGCAAGACUCAGAGUCUGACAGAGAGUGAGCUACAGGAGUUUCAGCCGCUACAUUUGGAUGUUUCAACGCCGAUUUGGUAUCAUACGGUGGAGGAUGAUUCGACUGUCGAUGCGGAGAGCUGUGGAUAUGGCUACUUAUGA